GAGUGCAGCCUGGCUCCGGCUCAACUUUGGGAGCGAAAUCGGUGUGUUCCUAGAGGCUGCUGAGACAGAGUUAGGCAGCUGGCCGAGCUGAGCCUUUCUCAGUAAACAACUGCGAGGGUAGCCUACGUGACGCACCGUCAUUUACACUUCAGCGACUUUUUCACGAUCUAGACAUUUUUGGAGUGUUCACUGACGGUCAUGACAUUUCUGCAUGGUGCCUUUGGCGCAGUAGAUUGCGUAUACUAACGACCAAAAAAGUAUCGUAAUGAAGAUUGCUUGUCUGACGUAACAUUUAUACAUAUAAUUGCAUCGGAGCUCCUGCGCGGCUUUUGCUUCCUUUUGAAAUAACGACAGUAGGCUAAUACCGUGUAAUGAAAAAUGUGGUAUUAUCAUUUAAAUGUUAUGUUAGUAGCCAACUGCUUUUCAAUCGAGACAACUCUAUUCUAAUUCAUUUGCAGGUGAGCGAGGUUGGAAUGAACACGCAUUGCUGUCAGUGCCUUGGCAAAAACUUGGGUUGCUCUCGGUUGCUCUGCCUGCCUCUCUCCGUCUUCCAUCGCAAUGGGAUUUCAGCACUGGCAGUAAGAAACGCCGUGGCUGUCCGGAUAGAUUUGGACUGAGGUGUAGGUGGGCCGGCGUAUGAAAUAAGGAACUGGUUAUUAGACUCAAUUCAGUUCUUGCACCGUCAGUCGCUCGAGGUUGCGACUCAGGCGAGACGCAGAUGCGCACCCGACGGACUCAUAAACUUGCCACUCAACUUUUCCUUUCUGGGUAGAUCGAUUGAAAAUAUAUUUUCCUUUUCAAGGAUCUUGAGAAUAAACGGAUACCUCUCUUUGUUUCGGUUUAUAUAUUUAUUUGACUUAUAAGGACCAGUGGUUGGACUAAAGAUGCUGAAGUGUGUUUAAAAAAAACCCUGCAUUGAUUGCCCUCGCUUGGGAUCUCAGAAAUAUGGAUAUGUCGGUAAUGUGGCUUAAAUAAAGGAGAAUGGAUAUCAUUUUUUUCGGUAAGGAUUUGAUAAAACGUCCGUGGUGCUGAGGAUAUCGGCAGCCGUAGCCCAACAAUGCCGGACGGGGCUCGGGACGUGCCGGUAAAUUCCUCUCCAGCGGUGGCUGCGAACGCGGAGGGAGACGAAAUAGAAGUGUUGGAAAGUACCGAUGUCCUUCCUGUGGCACCAGAGGACCAGUGGAAAUCUCUGUUUGACAAGUAUGACCCGGAGAGCUCGGGCUUCAUCAGCACUGAGCGCUUCAGGGACCUGCUGGCGGCCCACGGCUCGGAGCUGGACCCGCACAAGGUGGAGGUCCUACUGGCCCUCGCUGACAGCAAUGCCGACGGAAAGAUCUGCUACCAGGACUUCGUCAACCUGAUGAGCAACAAGCGCAGCAACAGUUUCCGUCGGGCCAUCCUCCAGGGCGGCCGUCAGCUGAAGGAGGCCGGGGCCCUGAGAGACGAGGUGGGUCUGGGUCUCUCGCAGAGGCUGGUGAGGCACGUCGCCUACGAAACCCUGCCCCGGGAGGUCGACCGGAAGUGGUACUUUGACAGCUACACCUGCUGCCCGCCGCCCUGGCUCAUCUUGGCCAUCACCGUCGCCGAGGCGGCGGUGUUCAUCUACUACGGCCUCCUGUUGGACCGCUGGGUGCUGCAGGUGUCCAGCCCGUCCUUCCUCAGGAGCCCUCUGCCCUACCACCCCCAGCUACGAGCCCAGGCUUGGAGAUACAUCAGCUAUGCCUUCAUGCACGCUGGGAUAGAUCAUCUGGGUCUGAACAUGGCCAUGCAGCUGCUGGUUGGAGUCCCUCUGGAGAUGGUCCAUGGAGCUCUGAGAAUAGGACUGAUCUACGUGUGUGGCGUCCUGGCAGGCUCCCUGGCCGUGUCCAUCACUGACAUGACUGCUCCGGUGGUGGGGUCGUCUGGAGGAGUCUACGCGCUGGUCUCAGCACACCUGGCAAACGUCGUUAUGAACUGGUCCGGUAUGAAAUGUCAGUUCAAGCUGUUCCGGAUGGCCAUGGCUCUAGUCUGCAUGAGCGUGGAGUUCGGCCGUGCGGUUUGGCUCCGGUUCUACCCCCAAGCCUUCCCUCCCUGCCCAAACCCCAGCUUUGUGGCCCACCUCGGGGGCGUGAUGGUGGGUCUCACCCUUGGGGUUGUGGUUCUCCAGAAUUACGAGCAGCGGCUCCAGGAGCAGUCACUCUUCUGGAUCUUCUUCUCGGUGUACUUCCUGUUUGUCCUCUGUGCCGUCUUCUGGAACAUCUUCGCCUACAGCCUCCUGGAUGUCCGGCUGCCUCCUACGCCAUGAGCUCUGGGCGAGGCUAUGUGAGCUUCCUCACCCCCCUCCCCUCCAGUCUCUGAAAUAGACUCAAUGCGCUGGACUGCAGGCUAAACCAGUCGAGAGUUUCAGAGAAGUCUCCACAGAGGGCUUAGGGAGCCAACUGCAGUCCUUAGAGCUAAUGGAAUAUCACUGCCCAGGUCCAAGAAUCCAGAACUUGCCUUUCAUUCUCGACCACUAGAGAAGUGUGGCUCCUCCUUCUCUUGAACCCAAUGCUGCUUGUUCCUGUCAGAACCCUAACUGAGGUUAUUUUGAAAGCUGAACUCGAAGGAACAAUCUGUGAAGGAACUUAUCCAUAGGGUUUGAGAGAGUUAAGAUACACCGGUGUCUGGUAUGGCCUAAAUGUCUGUGCUCUACCCUCUAAGUCUGAUGUAAAGCUAUGUUCUAGUUAAAAGUUCUAGCUUUUAACAGUUAUAACGUCAUGUGAUGGGUUUGAUCUAAUGUCCAAGUGUUUACCUGGUGAUCUGAUGUUUUCUGCACCCUUCUGUGUUGCUUGUUCCAGUAUGUUGGCAAGACAAAGACCUAAUGACUGAAACAGAAAGAUGGGGACCAAAGCUAGAGAUUUGCAGGGAUGUUUCUUUUGUGUCUUUGGUGUGUGAGUGCCAUAGAUUUGAAGAAACACAUACUGAAUUGUUCUGUAAGUCCUAACUCUUAUAAAUUAAAGUGUGUGUGUGUGUGUGGGUGUGGGUGGGUGUGUUUGGGUUUGUGGGAGCAGUAUUGCAUGCACGGUUUGUCGGACUGGACAGUAUUGGCAUGUUAUACUGGUUACACUGACUUUGGAUUUUAAUUAUCAAAAAUGGAAAUGAGUGGAAACAAGAGUUAGAAGUGGAGUUCAGUAUUGCUUAGUGUUCUUGACUGUUGCCAAAAUAAUCCCACAUAACUAACAAAAUACUAUAGAAUAUGCACUGUACUUUUAACAGUGGAAUAUGUUGCCUUUUGAGAGGAGUACUGGUUGAGCUGGGACAGGGACAGCUAAACAAUAUACACAGAAACUAAUAAUGAGUUCGGUUGAAUUUUUUUAGAAUCAUUCAAGAGGAACUGUCAUUGUGAUAAGUGGACAAUACUUCAUUUCAUAUUCAGAUUUACAAUGUUUAUCGCCAGUGGGAUAUCAUCCUUCUUGAGGAAUCUAAAACGAUAUCCUAAGGCGAGGAGUUCCAAAUCUAGGAUGGGGUGAUGAGGACACUGGGAUCCCCUCACGCCUUCCAAAUGUCCCGGUGAGCUGUGACUGUUACCCUCCCAUGACCUCGCUGGCUACAUUCACCCUGUCUAGCCUGUUUUUGCUGCUAACAUUAAGAUUGCCAAACCAGACCAACCAUGGGGUAAAGAGCAUCAACACAGAUUCUGUGAAACUAACGUGAAACAAAAUUGCAUUAUGAAGUUGUCCGUACACAUCUCAGAAACAGUCCUAUCUGAAAUUAAAUUAAUUUAGCUCAUCAGCCUGUGCAUAUCGGUGAGUAAAAAUAAUCUACAUCACUUGGUUUCCUUUGUGUUGUGACAACCAUAGCUGUUAUAGUAUUCCAGGCAACCCUUGGACAGUUGCCACGGCGCUCACCCUCGACCCUCGACCCUUCUCCGUAUCCAUGUCAGUUUGGUCUUCUUGCUUCCUGACACGGCCUCAACUCUAGAUUCCCCUUUAGCAGUCACAUUGCCCCCCCCAUAGCAGUGUUGUUCUUGUUUUACAUGAUGAGCCCUUUCGAUGACUUGGUUAACCUCUGUCUAUAGGCUGCGCAAAUGGUGCGGCCUCGGCAGCACUACCUUCCAUUGAGAAUUUGAAGUGUACUACAUAGACGUCCAUAACACGGAUGCUACUGUAAGUCAGGUUGGAUUGGAUGUUGUGGUUGCAUCGACGGGAGAACGUCGGACCGGAACCAGCCACGCUCAGAUUGGCCUGUUGCCCCUCCGGCGGGUUUAGCCACUCCAGGACUGUCACUGUCAAGCCGAAGACGUUUCUUUGACUUGGGAGUUGAAAUGAUGGCACGAACAGACUGCCGCCUGGGUUAGCUCAGAUGUGUGCUGUAACUUAACCUCACCAUGGCACCAGUAAUUGCGUGACACAAAAUGACUUAUAAAUGUAGUUAUUUACGAAUUAAUAUUUUAACAUACAAUGGGUGACUGUUGUUUAUUUUUAAACACGGUGUUGGCGUCUGUUGUAUAGUUGUUGACUGGUCUACAUUGUGAUGUCUGAAUUAUCUUGUGUAUUUAACAUUGAUUGAUGAGGUAAUUUGGGAUUAUGUAUAAGGGCUAUGAUACUGAGAAUGGUGACUCACUGACAUUAUUUUAACACCUGCAUAUUUUGUAGAUUUUUUAUGUAAAUACUGGAAUACAUUAAACUGUUUUUAUAAUUAAACUAUACCUGAAAUCCUGGCGUUUGGUAAUUGUCAGUGGUCUCUGCUCACUCAACUCCUUAAUGUGCAGAGAGACCUUGGAACGAGACACACAUUCGUAUAAACUGUCCGAAUGGUGUUUUAAAAGAGCUCUUGUCUGAAUGGCCGAGGAGGCUCUGAAGAAAACAGCGGAUGUCAAAGUGAUCAAUGAAACGCGUGAGGACACAACAGUUGGUCAUUAUUCACUGAGUGAAGCGAGGCCAGCUAUAGUGCUGCCUCUUCAGUCUAGUCCCUUGUCUUAUGGAAACCAACAGAAGCACCCAAUGCGUACAAUGAAACAUUCAUCGGUUGGUCUUAAAAGUGGGUUCUAAUCGGUUUAAGGACUUGCAUUCAUAUUCCAUUCUCCAAACUAAUCAUUUACCUGAGAGGGAAAAG